AUGAAAGGUUUUAAAGCUUCAAGUCAAAGCAUGCAACAAUCCGACACGCAGGAUCCUAAGAUUAUACGCCUUAAUUCUCAACGUCCCUCUUCUCAACCACAAGAUCUUAAUAUUCUACGACUCAAUACUACUCAACCGCAAGAUCUUAAUAUAUUACACCUUAAUGCUCAACGUCCUAAUACGCAUGAUCCGAAUGCUCAACGUUCUCAUAUGCAAGGUUCCUGUGGUCAACGAACUAAUGAUCAAGCUCAGCAAUCUAAUGCACAAUCGUCUAAUGUGCAACAUCAAAAUUUCAAUACUAAACUUCCUAGUAUUAAAGAAUUAGGUAUAUCAUGGGUAGCAUCAGAUGAUUUUCAUACUCAACGUCCUAUCACAAAGGUUUCCAUCACUCAACGUUUUGAUAUGCGACGAGAACCAGGAACAUCCUCAACGCAAAAUAUGAAUCUGCAAGAACCGCGGGAAGCAUCAAGUUUAUCUCGAUAUCCCAUUACACAAAGUCGCAUCGCGAAACGUUCUGAUUUUCAAUGUCCUAGCAUUCACGAACUAGGUACAUCUUUAAUGCGAGAUACCGAUAUACAAAAAACGUGGACAGCAUCAAAUUUAUUAUCAACUAGUCCUAAACCUCAAGAUCGACAUCCCAUUACACAAAUUCCUACCGCGCGGUGUUCUGAUAUGCAACGUCCUAGCAUUCAAGAUUUAAGUACAUCUUUAAUGCAGGAUACCGAUAUACAAAAAACCUGGACAACAUCAAAGCUAUCAACAAUAUGUCUUAAUUCUCACUCUCAACAUCCCAUCACGAAACGUUCUGAUAUGAAACUUCCUAGUAUUCAAGAAUUAGGUACCUUUUCAAUGCAACAUACGCAAGAAUCAUCUAGUCUUAAGCAAGAAACAAGUACAUCAUCAAAUUCGUCAAACACUUCGUUGGCAAAACGUCCUAAUUCCCAAGAACCGCGUGAUGAAAAUCCUCCGAAGAAGAGAAUUAAGCUAAAAACACGGAGUGCCCAGAAGUAUCGCGAUUCAAUCAUGAUAUUAUCUGAUGAAGAACCAGUUAUUACGAUUAGUAAAAGGAAAGAAUCAUCAGUUAUUGAUUUGGUACCUUUUGAUAAGGCAAUUUCUAUAAAUGAAUCAAAGAAACGUUCGGAACCACAUAAUAAUAACAAGAAUUUGAGUCGAUUGCUAAACAAAAAACGAAAGACUCAUCGAGAAAACAACAAUAAUGAAAUUGUCAACUUGAUUUCUGAUGAUGAUGCAUUACUACCGCCAUCAUCAAAAUCUUCUGCUAAUGAUUUUGUUCAGAAUGAUUCAAUAUUUUUGCGCUUAUCAGAAGUCGAUUUUUGCCGAAGCGAAUCUAAUGAAUAUUGGUGGAAAUGUAAACACCCUCACACUCUCGUUAUCACUGAUGAUAUACUUUGCUUUACUUGUAAGGAUGAGUUGAUAGCCAAAAUUUCCAUCAAGUACGUUACUCUUAUGCAAUGUUACCUUGGAUUAAUAAUUUUUCAUUGCAAAGCUCCUGGUGGUAAAACUGAUAAAGAGCACAAGGUCCCACGACUAUCUUCAAACGUUCAACUCAUUGGUAUUACUAAAGAUUUAAAUGCAUAUAAGUCUACAAUCGAAUACCUAAGUACGAAAAUAAAUAGAAUUGUGCCAUUAGAAUUGUCUCAAUCGUUAAGUAUUAUUAAAGAAUACAAUGAAUUGAGGACUGACUGGAGUAAUUCAAUCAAUCGACGACAACAACAAUCCGAAACGGAAGAGGUCAAUUCUAUCAAUCGACAACAACAACAAUCCGAAACGGAAGAGACGGAAGAGGCCAAUUCUAUCAAUGACGUAGAGAUUACAGCAUUCGAAUCUAUCGAUAAUCCAGAUAAAACUUUGUUUAGCUACACAUCCCGAAAUAGCAAUUGCCCGAUUAAUAUUAAAGUCCGAGAAUUUCUACGAUUAUAUCAAGAAGAUGAGUUGAAUGACAAUAUUGUCGUUUUUUACUUGAGAUACCUUUAUGAUCGCCUUUGGGAGACGGAUCCGACGGGUGCAGAACAAACGUAUAUCUUUGAUUCCCUUUUCUACGAGAGAUUAUCAAAUUUAACAAGAGAUGGGGCGUAUGAAAUUUUAAAGAAUUUCGUUUGUGAGGCGAGUUGGGCAAGAGGACCAGAAGUCCUUCCUCCAAAUUUUACGACCGGACUUGUCGUAACUCCAAAGCAGCCAAAUGCGUUUGAUUGCGGGGUAUACUUACUUCACUUCGUGGAAACCUUUCUCAAGAACUACCGAAGUCUUGAGAAGGGUAUCCUUGAAAAUACUGUAAAGAAGGAGGAUUGGGAUUCCUUAACCUUGGCGAUAAAACGCCAAAAUAUUAUGGAUUUGUUUGAGCAGUUGGCAAAAAAUCAUCAAGAUUAA